GUGGGAUUUAGAUGAGAAUGUGAAUGAACACAAUGCAAGUGUGGAGUUAGCCUUAUCAAAUAGUUAUAAAACACUUCGUUAUGGUCUUCAUCAAAGAUUCCUAAAAUGCGGUGGUAAUACAGACUUAAAAAUGGCCAAGACAAAAGUUCAAAAGAAUAUGUCACAAACCACGUGGCAUAAGAUAUGUGAAUCAUUUGCCAACGAAGAUUGGAAGCGUAAGUCCUUAUGUAAUAAAGCGAAUAGAUCGAUGUUGAAGACCAAUCACACAUCCGAGUCUAGAUCUUUUAUUAGUCAUCGACAUAGUAAGAAGAGACAAACUGGGGUGGAACCUAAGGUAAUUGACUUUUAUAAGACCUCUCACACAAAGAAAGAUGGGUCAUUUGUUACUCCGCUGUGUGAAAAACGAUACAAUUUGAUGCAAGAAAUGUUGGUUGACGAAGAAGUUGUCUUAAAUGAAGAUGAAAUAUUUACACAAGUUCUUGGUGGGAAACGUUCUGGCCAUGUUAGAGGGAUGGGAAAAUAUGUCAUACCUACCCCAUCCUCUUCACAUUCGUGAUAUGGCACCCAAGUCAACCUUGAGUUAAAGGAAACAAAGCUCGAAGUGAUCAAGUUGUCAGAUCAAUUAUUGGAAAAAGAA